CAGGGAAUCUCUCCCGAAGAGAACGGUUGCUUCCUUGGUCUGUGCAGUCUGAGCCAUGGCAGCGAGCCCCGACGGCAGACCUUGACGAAGUCAGGCCAUGCAGUCCAACACCGUGGGGUCUCGAAUUCCGCCUCCCUGGGCUGAGGUGGCGCUGUCCAUUUAUGAGCUCCAUGGCGCUUCAGCUUUGAACGUCCUCACAAGGGCUGCCAACAUGGGAGGUGCUUAUCAUGUGGGCGUGGAGGUGUAUUGGCUGGAAUGGUCCUUUGGCUGGUGCGAAGAAGGCAGUGGAGUCUACAUGGUCUUUCCCGGCCAGAGCAGCUUGGGCCAAUUCCGCGAGCGGGUGCCCUUGGGCCGCACGCCGCUGACGCCUCAGGAGGUCUUUCGGAUUCUGGACAUGAUGAGGCCAGAGUUGCCGGGAUCGAACUAUGACUUGCUCCGCUGCAAUUGCGCCCAUUUCAGCGUAGCCUUCGUCAAGCGGCUACGGGUGAGCGAGGCUCCGGCGUGGGUGAAUUCCUUGGCGAAUGUGGGGGAACACCUUGUGGCGCAGCUGGGCAUGGCAGGUGCGCAGGAGGCGGCCGACAAGGCCACACCAGCCGAGAGGGAGCGGGUGGCUCCCAAGUACCUCCAGUUCGGUGAUGAGGAGGAGCUGGAGGAUCUGGCCACAGAGGGUGACGAUUUGGCUUUGAGAGAGCUGGCCUGGCGCAAGGCGCAGGCCUUCGUUUUGGAGAAGGCCUCUGAGGCAGAGCGCGACGCCCGGACGCUGGACCUGGCGAUGGAGCUCCGUUGCGAUCCCCUGUUCGACCGGGUCGACGACGGGUCCGACCGCGGCGGUCGACGCUACCGUGCCGCAGCGACGGACGGUGACUUUCAGAAGAUCUCAAGCCUGGUCGAUGACUUAAGGCUUUGGCAAGCGCUCGCCGAGGCCUGCGCAGCGGGCUUUGGACUCCCGUGCCCCUACAACCAGCACCAGGAGGCUGGAGGCUGGUCUUUGCUUGGAGACGAUGAACACUCGGAGUCCGAGGAGCUCGAGGAAGACGGCGCUUGUGGCAACCUGGAGGUCUACAAGCUGAACGGGUCUCAACGGCUGCUGACCGUGCGGCUGCGUUUGCGGGGCAAAGCACUGGAUGCCAAGGCCGCGGCGCCGCCGUGGCGCGGCAGCGCCUUCCGCGAGGCGCUGCGCAAGGCGAUGGCGCCGCAGCGAGGACUGACUGUUCGAUGGCCUGCGGGCUCCCAACAAAUCGUUUCAGAGCUGGAGGUGGUCACCGCCCCUGACCAGGCCCUUUUCGGCUCCCGUGUGGAGACCAGUUGCGGGCCAUAUGCUGGGAAGGUCUUGCAUUCCAUGGCGCCCCGCAAGAUGGUGCAUGGCGGCCACGACCUUGUCAGGAUGAGGAAGCCAGAGGUGGUGCCUCCAGUACUUCGAGUCGGGCAAGAACUGCAGCAGUGGCAGAGUCAACAGCAACAGCUUUGGCAAUCCCAGCAGCAGCAGAUGCCGCAGUGGAAGUGGCAAGUGCAGCAGCUGCAAGUGCAAGAACCACGCGGAGCGGCGCGCUCCGCGCGUUCCGCCGAGUCAGCGCGCGAUCACGGCAACGGCGCCGGCGGCGCCGUAACCCUGCGCUCCCACCGGGCCGAUCCCAGCGACAAGGUGGAGCACUCACUCCUGAAGCUGCAGAAGAUCCAACAGUUGGACCGACUACGACGGGAGCAUGUCGCCCGUUAGGCGGCGCGGUUCGGCGGCUCGCGGCGGCAGCGGUUCGCGUCGAUGGUGAGAGGAGAGACCGUGGACUGCGGGGUUCUUAGUGGCUUCAUGUGGCUUCCCAGGCGAUAAAGCACCGA